UUUACAGACAGCUGAGAGCUUUACAGACAGCUGAGAGCUUUACAGACAGCUGAGAGCUUUACAGACAGCUGAGAGCUCCCUCCAGUCAACAGGACAUUUUUCACCCUCUCUUUAAUUACAUCAGCUGUCUGAUCAUGGAGACUCACUGGAAUAGGAGACGAUAUAAAUAUCGUGCUGUCAAAGGUCGCCAUCUGAAGCUGAAUGAGCUGAAGGAAGCAGCCAGAGCCAGUGGAGUUGAUAAUAACUACCUCUACAAAGAAAACAUCCCGGACUACCCCCGUCCUGAGUUUCAUGUGUGUCGUCUGAGACAUGACACUCAUGGAGAUGGAUUAGAGGGAAUCAGGAAGAAGAAGGGCUUCAUGAAUUUCUGGGGAAAGGACUUUUUGUGGUGGAGUCUGGACGUGGGUCCAGAGGAGAUAGUCUCAGCUGAGAGGAGACUCCUGGAGACCACCUACCCAGACCAGACUGAGGAGCAGAUCCAGAAUCAGCAGAGCUUCCUGUCUGAGUUCGCCUCCUCCCCGGCCUUCCUGAGCAGCUCCAGACUGGGAUCAUACCGCUUCACCCUAACCCUGGAGGAGCUGAUGAGAGCCUACAAGGAGCAGUUUUGCGGAGGAGCUGAGCCCGUCAUGCGGGUGAUGGAGACCGUCCUCUACAAACAGGAAGUGAUGUACGUCGUGCUGGUCCACAGCCCAGCCAAUCAGGAGUGGUCCAAACGGUACCCAUUACUGACAGACCACCCAGGCGCAGUCUGCUGUUACAGAGACGGCUACUUCCUGUGGAGGCCUGAGGCGAUGUGUAAGAUGCACUGGAAUGAAUUGAUCUACAGAAAUGAUCUACAGCAGAUGAGAGCGAGAACCCUCCCUUGGACCCCAGAGUGGUGCUGAGUUUUGGUAGACGGCGGCUGAGAGAAAAUCUGACCUUCUGUAGCAAAGUCAGACCUGUCCUCACAGACCACUCCUCUUUUGAUUGUUAUGACGAGGCUGAAGAGUUCGUGGAGGAACCUUGGCCCCACUAUCCUUAUGAGCUAGAGACAGCUUAAGAUCAGAAAGAACACGUAGAUAGAUAUGAGUCUGAACUCAGACUGCUACAAUAAAAGGUUUUUACACUUGGAUGUCACUCACAUAAAUCAGUGGGAUUAUACUGGUCACUGUUACAAUACCAGUGCAGCAAAGGUACCAACCCUGUUUCAGGGGACAGUGUGUACCACGAAUCACAAUGUCCCAGGUUUUCUGAAAGAGAACACGGUGAUCUUCAAAUCAUUUUCAAUCUAAAUUUGACUGAAGAAAUAAGACAAGAUAUUUCAUGUUCAAACUGAAUCUUUUUUGUUUUUCUUUUAUAUAUACACAUUCUCAAUUGGAUGCCCAAAAGCACAUCCCAUAAAGUUGGUACAGGGAAAAGAAAGACUGUGAAAGGGUCUGAAUGCUCAAAAACACCUGGAAAGUUCAUCAGGUAAGUAGGUUCAUUGGUAACAGGUGAUAGUUCACUGACUGGCUGUAAAAGAAGCAAACCUUAAUGGCCAUAGAGGCGUUAGAGGCCUCUCUGUCAAAAUCUGAGAAUGAUUGUUUUAACUACAGCAAUGAAGAAAUGCACCAUUUGUGUCACUUCCUGAUGCCAGUAGGGGGUGCUGUGAUGAGAUGUUUACAUGUGGGCGCAUUCAGUGUGAUACUGCUGUUUUGCAAGAAAGAGCAGAAGAUCACAGAAUAUUGUAUACUAAAAUUUUAAUAGGUUUAAGUCAUUUGGCACCUUAUAAAAUGCAUUAUUUUAGUAGAAUUUAUCCAAAGAUAGCCCUCUGAGCUCAUAUUGAAGAGAGUCAUUUUGAAAUAGAAAUGAAGCGGGUCAACUUCCUGUUUGGAUUUGGGCAUGGGUCCAAGAGGCUUUUUUGUAGGUCUGAUGAUGACCCAUAUGCAGACCAAAAAUUGUCAGCCUAGGCUGGAUGGUGUGCAGGGGCUGAAUAAUUAAAGGGAAAAUGUAAAAACUCUGGAGGAAGAAAUCUUCCAUUGUCAGAAGGGGGCGCUGUGACAACGUAAUGAUAUUGAUACAUAAAUGUUCUCAGGAUUGUGUGAUCAUCUCUGAAGUUUGGUGAUGAUGGACAGAAGCACUAAAAAUUUAUGAGGUAUUACUGAAAUAUUUUCACUGAAAAAAAGUACAAAAAAGUUCUGAAAGAUUGGGCUCCAGUGAUGGCCCCAUCCUAUGAUAAAAACAAACAGUUCCCUCAGCUUUAUAUCACUAGGUUGUCUAGUAUGAGCAAAAAAAAUCUAGAGUCAAUCGGACAAAAUCCCUCAGAGUAGAUUGUGAAAAUAUGAAACUUGAUAAUCAUCCAAAAACGCCAACAUGUGACCUUUAGCCAUUUGUAGUGCACUUCCUGUACAUUUUAGAGGAUGGCCCCAGGAGACGUUUUUUUUUUUCAUCUAAUCAUGAUACUUAUGUGUACCAAUUUUCAUGCACACCGCCAAGUCCACUAUCUCACCUCUGGGGCCCCUGUAGGGCCCCUGCUUGAUGGACCUCCAAGAUUCCACCCAAAUACAAAUGAUGCAUACAGAUACAACAGAGUCCACACUGACCCUAGGUCGGUGCCUGGACCCUAGGUUGGUGCUUGGACCCUAGGUCGGUGCCUGGACCCUAGGUCGGUGCCUGGACCCUAGGUCGGUGCCUGGACCCUAGGUCGGUGCCUGGACCCUAGGUCGGUGCCUGGACUCUAGGCCGGUGCCUGGACUCUAGGUCGGUGCCUGGACCCUAGGUCGGUGCCUGGACUCUAGGUCGGUGCCUGGACCCUAGGUCGGUGCCUGGACCCUAGGUCGGUGCCUGGACCCUAGGUCGGUGCCUGGACCCUAGGUCGGUGCCUGGGCCCUAGGUCGGUGCCUGGACCCUAGGUCGGUGCCUGGACUCUAGGUCGGUGCCUGGACCCUAGGUCGGUGCCUGGACCCUAGGUCGGUGCCUGGACCCUAGGUCGGUGCCUGGACCCUAGGUCGGUGCCUGGAUCCUAGGUCGGUGCCUGGGCCCUAGGUCGGUGCCUGGACUCUAGGUCGGUGCCUGGACCCUAGGUCGGUGCUUGGACUCUAGGUCGGUGCCUGGACCCUAGGUCGGUGCCUGGACUCUAGGUCGGUGCCUGGACCCUAGGUCGGUGCUUGGACUCUAGGUCGGUGCCUGGACCCUAGGUCGGUGCUUGGACUCUAGGUCGGUGCCUGGACCCUAGGUCGGUGCUUGGACUCUAGGUCGGUGCCUGGACCCUAGGUCAGUGUUUGGACCCUGAAUAUGCGAAUAUUUCCAAAGAGCAAAGAAGAUGAUCAGUUUGACCAUUAAAUAUCUUUGUGCUGAGUCCAGCCUAAUAAAUGGUUGAAGGAUCUAGAAAUCACCAUCUUCUUCCACAUUUUAGACAGCAUCACAACCUUUUUUGGACUCAGGGUUUUUGCAGUCCUGGGUGCCCGAUACUGGGAGCUCUUUUUUAUAAUGAUCCUAUAUAGUGGUUUUUACUGAUCCAUGUUUUGGUACUGGGGGGUCUGUGGCUCCACCGUGUCUAAAUUUGAUCACUGCUGUUAUUUUUUACAUUUGAAAACUAAACUGAGCCAAAAUCACAGCCUGUGUUUUGUUCUUCUUCAUGUCUUUUUGUCUGGUUUUGAGCAGCCAUCUUUGUCAGCAUGCUAGCAUCACUAGUAACAGUCAUGGAUCAGCGUUCUCAUAUCAGAACUCUCCUGGAGCUGAACUUUGACCUUAGCUGUGUUAGAUUAAGUUAAAUGUGUGGGGUUUUAGUAUUUCAGAGGCAGAAAUGAGCUCAUGCAUAAAGAGAGAAUAUUUUCAGGCUUCAGAGCAGGAGUGUCAGACUCAGUCACAGCAGGGGCCGGAUUCUGGAUUCAGGUCUAACCUGAGGGUCUAACAGGGUCACGUUUUUAACCAUAAACUGUCAACCUUGUUUCACCGGUAAUAAAAUAUGAAACAA